CUCCCCACCAUUUUGGUCCCGCUUUGCCUAUUUUUUUUAACCUCUCCCUCCUCCCGCCUCCUUCGGCUGUCCAUCAAGCAAAUUCGCCAAUGGGAAAAAUCUCCUCCGGCAUCCCUGGCCAAUGAGGCCCCCUCGACGAAGCGGUUGCUGGGCAGGUUUGGGAAAGAGCGGGCCCAAUGGGGGGGACAGCCACCCCAGUGCAGAGGCAAGAGGAGGAGAAGGAGGUGGCGGCGGGGACGAGAACCAAAGGAGGAGGCGCUCGGGCGGGAGAGAUCGAGGGGCGCUGAGCGGGUCCCUUUGGCUCUUGGAAGGUCCGGGAUGCCCUACAAGCUGAAGAAGGAGAAGGAGCCUCCAAAGUUGACCAAAAGCACUACAAAAGCUAGCAGCAGCGGUGGAGGCGGCAGUGGCGGCAGUGGGACCGGGAAAGAUGGCAGCACAGAGAACUCAGAAGAGGUCCAGCAACCACAGCAGCAGCAGCAACAACAGCAGCAGCAACAGCAGCAGCAGCAACAACAGACCUCAAAUAAGCGUCCCAGCAACAGCACCCCUCCACCAACACAGCUGAAUAAAAUCAAAUAUUCAGGGGGACCCCAGAUUGUAAAGAAGGAGCGACGGCAGAGCUCCUCUCGUUUCAACUUGAGUAAAAACCGGGAGCUUCAGAAACUCCCUGCCCUUAAAGAUGCGCCUCCUCACGAACGGGAAGAGCUCUUCAUUCAGAAGUUGCGACAAUGCUGCGUCCUCUUUGACUUUGUCACAGACCCACUCAGUGACUUGAAGUUCAAAGAAGUGAAGCGAGCAGGUCUCAAUGAAAUGGUGGAGUACAUCACACAUAAUCGGGAUGUUGUCACAGAGGCCAUUUACCCUGAAGCUGUUAUCAUGUUUUCAGUGAAUCUCUUCCGGACACUUCCCCCAUCAUCCAACCCAACGGGAGCAGAAUUUGAUCCUGAGGAAGAUGAACCUACACUAGAAGCUGCUUGGCCACACCUCCAGCUGGUAUAUGAAUUCUUUUUGAGGUUCCUGGAAUCACCAGACUUCCAACCAAACAUAGCCAAGAAAUAUAUUGACCAGAAGUUUGUACUGUCACUGCUGGACCUGUUUGACAGUGAAGAUCCCAGAGAACGGGACUUUCUGAAAACCAUUUUGCAUAGGAUUUAUGGGAAGUUCUUGGGCCUCCGAGCAUAUAUACGACGGCAAAUCAACAAUAUAUUUUACAGAUUCAUCUAUGAAACUGAGCACCACAAUGGGAUUGCAGAGCUGCUAGAAAUUUUAGGGAGUAUAAUCAAUGGAUUUGCUUUGCCCUUGAAGGAAGAACACAAAAUGUUUCUUAUCCGGGUCUUGCUACCAUUACACAAAGUGAAAUCUCUGAGCGUCUACCACCCCCAGUUGGCAUAUUGUGUCGUGCAGUUCUUGGAGAAAGACAGCAGUCUGACUGAACCGGUAAUUAUGGGCUUGCUAAAGUUUUGGCCGAAAACACAUAGUCCCAAGGAGGUUAUGUUCCUGAAUGAGUUGGAAGAAAUACUGGAUGUCAUUGAGCCUUCUGAGUUUGUGAAGGUUAUGGAGCCCCUAUUCAGGCAGCUGGCCAAGUGUGUCUCCAGUCCACACUUCCAGGUUGCAGAGAGGGCAUUGUACUACUGGAAUAAUGAAUACAUCAUGAGUUUGAUCAGUGACAAUGCUGCCAAAAUCCUCCCUAUCAUGUUUCCAGCACUCUACAAGAAUUCUAAAAGUCAUUGGAACAAGACAAUCCAUGGGUUGAUCUACAAUGCGCUGAAGCUGUUCAUGGAGAUGAACCAGAAGCUGUUUGAUGACUGUACACAGCAGUACAAGGCAGAAAAGCAGAAAGGGCGAUUCAGGUUAAAAGAACGAGAAGAGAUGUGGCACAAGAUUGAGGAGCUAGCCCGCCAAAAUCCUCAGUACCCCAUGUAUUGCGCACCCCCACCUUUGCCUCCUGUUUAUUGCAUGGAGACGGAGACCCCUACUGCAGAGGACAUACAGCUACUGAAGAAAACGAUGGAAACAGAGGCUGUGCAGAUGCUGAAAGACAUGAAGAAGGAGAAAGUGUUGCUGCGUCGCAAAUCAGAGCUUCCUCAGGAUGUCUACACCAUAAAGGCCCUGGAAGCGCACAAGAGAGCAGAAGAAUUUCUCACCUCAAGCCAGGAAGCACUCUGACGGGCUAUGGAGCCCCUGGAGGGUACACAGAAACGCACUUUGUUCUAAUGUAUAACUAGGGAAUGAACAUGGUGAGCUGUGCCUGUCCUCCACUCCAUUCUCAUUCUUUCAGGUUAGAUUUGAUUUUACAUUGUACCUCAUAUCCACCACACUGUCACUUCCUCCUGCUUUAUCCUCUUAAGGUUGUGUUUGUGUGCACGUGUGAAAGGAGCCUAGCCAAUCCAUGAGAGUACCAUUACACACAGGGAGUAUUUUGGUCCCUGUUGUUUUUAAUUUGACUCCAGUCCCAGGACUAAAGCAGUGAGUUCAGGCAUUUAUCAGCCAUGCACUUCUACAGGAGUAAGCUCAACAUGUGAUCUUCCAGAUACCAUUCAGCUGCAGUCCCCACCAUCUUUUGCCAUUAGCAGUGCUUGUUGGAGCUGAUGGGCACUGUAGUCCAACAAUAUCUGGAGGGCCACUGACCUCUGCACAACAGUAAUGAUUCACUAUAGCUUACUCACACUGGCUUUGAACUCCUAUUACCCACCAUUCCCACACUAUAAUACAAAAGCUAUAUGUGAAAUUGGUUGUGCAGGUAAAUACAGGUUAUUUCAUAGGGAUCAAGACACUUCUGGCUAGAUUGCGGAACAAUGUGCAUUGCUUCCCACCUCUGGCCAAAUAAAUGGUUAACUGAUUAGGGAAUGUUGCUUGUUUUGGUCAGUAUGAAUAAGGGUAACUAUAUUUGCACUUUUUCCAUUCCAGAAAUUGUGAUGCAUUGGCAGCCAUCUAGAACCAAUACUUUCAGCUCUGUCAUAGUUUUCAUCCUCCCAGAUGGCUAGCAGUUGAUUGGUGUGCCCUGGUAGUUAUAGUAUAACUGCUGCAUGACAGGCUCACUUACUGUUCGGUUUUCUCUCUAACUUAGCUAGAAAUGGAGCCAGAGUGACUUUGAAGCAGAUUGUUUCAUUAUGGCAAACUCCCUUCCCACUCUUGGCUCUUAAGCUCAGGAGAACUCUGAAUUAAUAACUUACUAACAAGAAAGCUUAUUGAACACUUUCACAAACAGCUUUAAAUAUUCAGCAAUUUGGAAACAAGAGAAAUAGAUGCACAAUCAAGGAAAUUUCAGUUUCCAUUUUCUGAGUAUGUAAUGUUUGGUAUGGAUGAGGCCUCAUUGUGCAUUGUGUUCAUUCCAGCUGUUCUAGCCCAAGGAGAAGUUGCUGACCUCUUUUAGGGAGUGUACAAAUUUAGAGGCUUUCCCUAAGCUACUGCUGUCUUACAAAUAAUAACUGGCUUUGCUUAAUGUGCUGCCAUUGUUCACAGGCUGCUAACUGAAUUUCUGGAUCAUGGAACAUCACAAAAGGGAAAGACCCUCACUCCCAGGAGUGUGAACAAUACAGCCCAGAUGUUGUUGGAAUGCAGUUUGCAGUAGUCCUAGCCACAAUAGCUAGUGGUGAGGGACACUGAAAGUUCCAGUCUAACAAUAUCCAGAGGACUGCAUUCUGCCCAACCCUGAUGUAAACUUUCCAGUCAUAUCUUUAGAUAACUUGUCUACUGAAAUUUGUCAGAUUCUCAUUUUUAGUCCUUUAUUAUUAAUUUUAAAUCUGCAGGAUCUACUUCGAAGUAAAUUCCAUUGAAAUCAGAAAAAGUAUGAUUUAUGAUCAGCUGUAAGCCUCUUUCUACCCUACAUAACAUUCCUGUUCUUUCAUGUUUAAAUCUUUAGAUUGUGUAUUGCCUUGUCUAUCUACCUAUCAUUAACCCGGUUGUGCUUUCUCAUUUCUUCUUUGUUUUGAGUAAUUUCAUUCUGAGAUCCCUGAAUCUUAAUUUGUUAGAUGUAAUUCUCUGUUUGAGUUGGUAUCAUCAGACAGGUGGUAAUUUCCCAGUUUUUCACACUGCUAAGUAAGCCACAGUCUCGCUUUCUUUAAGCUGAAAAACACAAUUUGAACAAGAGUGGAAUUGCUCACUUUAAGCAGUGAGAUAUGGUUGAUAAUCAGCUAUUAAUCACAAGCAACACCUAUGGAACAUUUCUGUUCAAUGCCUCCUCUCUAGGACACAACACUCCUCUCCCCUUACCACCCAAUUCUUCGCUACCACCCCAGACAGUCAGCAUUUUGUGGUUACUGAGCAUGCUCAGUCCUCACUGGGUUAUUUCUGGGGUUCCUCCCAUCAUUUUUUUUGUUGUACUUCUGCAAAGCUUGGUUAGUGCAUGGGUGGUGCCGUUCGGCUACAUAAUAACUAGCAUUCAAGAGAAUUGAGAUGAUUAUUAUACAUAAUGCUAAACCUCCACUGUCUGCUGCCAAACAUUUGCAAUAUGUGUUAUUGAAGGUGCACUGUCUGGCUAAUUGUUUCUUAUACCACUGAGGCCCUUACAAGGCCUGUGAAAACCCUUGGCAUGUACUAGGUAAAACAGAAAGUGGGAAGUAAAAAAAUAAAUAUACAAGGGGAAAAUAUGCUUGAUGUUCAGCAUACACUUAUCAAUUCAGUGAUUGUAGAACAAGACAGGCAGCAGUCUGUAUAUUCAGCUCCUGAACUUCAGGUGCAGUUUAUCUGCUGGAGGGAAAAAAACUGACUUGGAGCUCCUAUCUAUUGAAGUGCAAUGUGUUCUGUCUCUCUUCUUCCCUUCCCCACCCAAGGCUGGGCUCUAUAAACAAGAAGGACUGUAGGAAAUCUCUUCCAUUUCCAUUCCCACAUGUACACUACGCAGCACUUCUCUGCCAGUUACAGUUUUGCGUGGGGUGGAGCAGGGCUGUAAUUGAGCAUCAUGUGCUGUACAGCUUAGAUGUAAAUAUAGCCUGUCUAAUCUUUGUUUCAGGUCAGGGAAUUUGUGUUUGCUACCUAACAUUAAAGUUUAGUUUGCUGCCAAUUUAUUCUGGUGUCCUAUGUAUCCAAUGGGUGGGAGGAGUGGAAGAAGAAACUGGGUGAAAGUAGUAACUUCUGAAGCCAAAAUGAGCACCUAAAGCACACAGUUUCCAGUCACUCUCUAACUUAAUCCAACUCUGCGCAAGAUUCCCCUUUGUAUUUGUCCUAAUUUCUGCUUUUACCUUCCCUACAUUUUACAUGGAGAAGGUUGGAGCUGCCUCUUUCACUUUUUACAUAGCCCCUCUCAAGAGGGGAAAAAGCAAAAGUGAUGCAUUCACUCCUUGGACACAAGUAUUAAGCUGCUUUACAGUUCAUUAUGUACAUAUGGUGUACUUUAUUUUCAGUAGAGUAUUACAUAGUAUGACAGUGUUGGAUUUUGUACAGAUGUCCCUGUAUGUACAGAACUAAAUAAAAUGGAUCUCUUGAAAAAGA